CUCGUCCAAGUCUGUUCUUCGUCGCCGUCGUGCGAUCGUCUCCGAGCAGAGCGAAUGCUCGAUCUGACCAUAGUUACUGAAGGAGUUCUUUUUUUCCUCCCUCAGAGACAAUAGCUAACAGGAAAGCAGUGAUUGCAGCGAUAGGAGUUUGCAGUUUCUUCACAUUUCAAAAUAGCCAACAAAUAUUGAAGAGCAGGGAUAAGUAACAUUAAUGCAGGGGAUGGUCAAAAUUUCAACUGUCGUAGUUCCUGCCACAAAGAAGAACUUUUGCAGGUUCAGACGGAUCAUGGAUGCAUGCAGCCUUCCAAUUCCAGGAUCUAUGGAUCAACUUCAGGCGAUACACAACGCUGCAUUUUUCAUAUUUACGCGUUUGAUUCGCAAAAUUCUUCACCAUAAUCGAUUUUAAAGUUAAUUCUUAGUUUUUUUUAGGUGUAAUUAAUAAAUAUAAAAAAGAAUAUCUUUUUUGUCUGCUGGGAAAGUAAAGAAGCCAGACUUUCUGGCAGCAAAAGCAACCAUAACUUGGUAGAUGCCCUAUAGCCUUCCACAUGACUCCAAGAAUUCCACGGCUCCGUCCACCAGCAUCUCAACAACUAGAAUGGAACCUUUCUCGCCCCUUCUCCUCCCUUCUAAACCACCAGACCUUGCCCAAGCUCCACCCGGUUCCAACCCCAACACCAUGGCGUUCAUCGGUAUCAGAGCUCUGAGGAGGACCACCGUUCUCGUGGGCACGCUCAACAUCGCCGUAGCAGUCGCCGGCACUCUUCUCGUGGCUCUGCUCCUCCGCCGCUGCGGUGCUAGGUUGAAGUUCUCCGUUGCUGCUGUUUCGAUAGCUGCUGCUGUGAAGGUCGGGUGCAUGCUGGCGACGGGGAUCUCGCAGGGGGUCAUGGCUUCUUUCAUCGCCAGGCAACCCAUCGACGGUUCCGUUCGCGAGGACAUCGACUUCCGGCGAGAGAGAAAGAUGAGGUAUCGAAGAUGGCUUUGGUGGGCGAGGAUUGGAUCAGUGGUGACUAUAUUGCAGUUUGUGGGAGUUCUUUACUUGAUGCUUGUCAUGGCUAAGAGUCUUUCUUAUUAUGAAAACACAAAGGACUGCUUCUUAGGAAAAGCUGGGAAGGGUGGCAAGCACACUUUAAUAGUGUCUUAUCUUAUCCUGGUGUGGCUACUGGUCAUCAUACAGUGCUUUACAGGGUCCGAUGUGCUAAGAUGGAGAUCAUUUUAUGCAACUCAUGAUACAGCAUGGAAAGCUCACUACCAGGAGGUAUUUGAUUAUGGAAUUCGAGAGGCUUUGUGCUGUCUAGGGCGUAUGAAAUACCUGAGUGUUUUAGAAGAAGAUGAGGUGUGCUCUGUAGCCAGGCUGUUGGGUGAUCUUGUGGCAUAUCGUGCAUCUGGCACAGGACAUCUAGAGCUCUUGGCAGGACUUGCUUUAUUACAAAAACAUAAGAAUUCUCCAAAGUCAUGUAGCGAACUUAUAGAGGCACCAGAAGAACGUAUUCGAGAUGGUGCUGCUUAUCAUCAGUUUGCUGAGGCUGCAUACACAGGACCAUUACUCGAUCUUGGAAGAAAUCCUGUCCUAUUUCCAUGUGUGUGGCUCCACAGACAAGGGGUUUUAACUCCUUGGUCUUGGACAAGGCGACCCAUGCUAGAAGGUGAUAACUGGUGGCGUGGACAUGCAGCUGCCUUUUUAAAAUAUGUUCGUCUGUCUCCAAAUGCUCUUCGCCGUGGGCGUGUUAGUCAAACAAAGCGUGAGGCUGCGUACUUUAUUGUGGUUUUGCAUGAUCAGAAGGUGGUAGUCAUUACUGUAAGGGGCACCGAGACUCCUGAAGACCUUUUAACUGAUGGUUUAUGCAGAGAAUGUGCCUUGUCCAUGGCAGAUUUGGAUGGGUUGAUAAAUAGUGACCAUUUACACCACAGUGUGCGAGAAAGAGUUCUCUCUUCUUUCCCUCAUUAUGGGCACUCUGGAAUAGUUGAAUCUGCUCGAGAGCUCUUCAUGCAAAUUGAUGGACAACCUGGUGAUGACGAUAGCGUAUCAACUGAAACUACUGGAUUUCUAUCUUCCUUGUUGGGAGUGGGAUGUGAGUGCCAAGGAUAUCAACUUCGUCUUGUUGGGCAUUCUUUAGGAGGUGCUGUUGUGACACUCUUAGGAAUUAGGUUAUAUCGAAGGUAUCCUAAUUUGCAUGUCUAUGCAUAUGGGACUCUUCCUUGUGUAGAUUUUGUUGUAGCUGAAGCAUGUUCAGACUUUGUUACCACCAACUUGUUUCUUCACAGCAUAGUAUACAAUGAUGAGUUCUCUGCACGGCUUUCAGUUAAUUCUAUAUUGAGACUCCGUUCUGCUGCAAUCACUGCUCUUUCAGACGGUUCCUCAGCUGAUAAAGCAGUGAUAUUCAAACUUGCCCGAAAGUUUCUUGCAAAUAAAUACCCUGAGAAUAGGGAAAGCCAUAAUGUUGCUGCUUCAUCGUUUCCAGCUAACUCCAAUAAUUUUGAUGAUAAUAACAAUCUGUAUAAGAGGAGGCCUUCUUUGUACACUAACAAUGGUGGCAACCAACUGAACCAGGACCUAUUUCAGGGGGAGGAGGCUUCCUUUGCCAAUGAUUCAGCUCCAGACAUGAUUACUGGAAUCUUCAAUGAAAAUAAAAAUGCUGAAAUUUUGAGUUGUAGUAGUAUAUGUGGAUCUGGCUCCUUUAAGCAAAGAGGUUUUGAAAGCACUGGUAAUUUGAUGUCUUAUGGGGAAUUGGCCUCUCAGAUUGUUGACAACCCCCCUUCAAAUGAAGUGUCAGCUGGUGAAACCCCAGAAAUGUAUCUGCCAGGCCUCAUUAUUCAUAUAUUACCAGAACCAAAAAAUCUAUUUUCUCUUUGGAGAGGCUGGAGCAUUUACAACAGAGAUGAUCAAUAUAAUGCUUAUGUUGCAGACAGGGAAAGCUUUAAAGAUAUCGUUGUGUCUCCCUACUUGUUUCUUGAUCAUCUGCCAUGGAGGUGCCAUGCCGCAUUGCAAAGAGUUCUACAAAAUAAAAAAUCUCAGAGCCGAAGGAAUGAUGAUUUGUUCAAUGAAGUGGUCAUAGUCUGAAGACUCUGAACCAAACACAGGAACUUAGAUCUCAAGCUGAAGGUUAUCUCCUGCUGACAUAAUUGAAUCAAAGUCCUCUUCGUGUAAACUGGUCGAUCGAUCAUUCAUCGUAGUAGGCCGGAUAUCAUAAAGAAUCCAUUACCGUCAUCAAGCAGAAGUGGCAGGACUUACAUGAUCAUGUAAUUAUUGACUCAAUUAAAAUUAUGUUGUCAAAUAAGAUUGUUUACAUAAAGUAGGUGCACUAACUAGAGAAUAUAUUCUCUUCUUACAAGAUGAAUACUCUGUAUUAUAUAUAUGACCAAUGUAACCGGGCAAAUUAUAUUAUUCAGAAUAA